GAGCUUCCAGCUUUUUAUCCAGUCCUGUUUCUCGAUGAGUGAAGAGGUCAGCAGCCUUUGAUAACUUUUAUUUCAGUUGUUCUUAACAGACAUGACAUUUUGAAACUAAACCACACCCAUAGCUUGAAUGACAACAGUUGAGAGCAAAUAUUGGCAUACCGUGCUGUCCCGGGGAGGAGUUUGGGGUCAUGCUCUUCUCGGAAGAACCUGUGCAGCUCUGGGAAAAGGAAGCCAAAAUCCAGAGUCAAAGCUCACCUGGAAGGAGCAGCGGCCGCGGGGCGACGGGCUGCGAUGGCCACCUUCGAGGAGCAGACCGCCUGCGUUGUGGAAGCCUUGUUCUCCGACCUCCUGGGGGAAGAUGAGAGCGUCUGCCGGAGCCUGGAGACAGACUCGGGAGAGCUGGUGCAGUCCGCGGCACAGCCUCCAACCAGUUUUGACCCAGUCGUGAUCGCCAGUCGCCUGCGGCGGAUGGGGGACCAGUGCAACAUGGAUUUUGAAAGGGUUUCCUCGGAGGCUCUUGCUGAAGUGCUCAAGGGAAAGAUGGAGAAGUUUUCAGCUGCCGUCGACUUUCUCAUCAGGAGGUGGAGUGACCAGAACCCCGAGCUGGGCUAUGAGCGAGCUUUUCUCUGUAUUUCGGUGAAAUUGAUGAUACAUGUUGCUAAGAAAGUCCCAGCUAAGGUGCAUCCCAACCAACUCAUAACAAUGAUUAAUGGAAAUUCUCAAGUGAGAAACUACAUUGAGGCCUGUGGCGGAUGGGAGAACUUGGACAACUGAGAAAGGGCUAUGCUGCUUUCCAGAAGGUGAAGCUCAGCUUUUCAUUGACUUAACCAGGAGAAAUGCUGUUUUACUUCUUCCAGAGACUUCAUGAAGAACUCUACGCUUAAGCAUUGUGUAAAAGAGAUUCUGUAUCACUACAAACAAAAAUUAUUAAAUGUUUGAUGUUA